AUGUCGAUUGUCGUGGAUCAAUAUUACUCCUGUAUUGAAAUCAUCGGAUUAUCACCAAUGGGUCUAGAAAAGAUUGCUGAUGCACUUGGAGAUAACCAAUAUGCCAAGAUAAAGUGGUCUCCAAGUGAGGACUCGAGCUCUCUUGGGUUCGGACCGACCAAAAUUUCGGAGUGGGCUACGCUUAACAAGCUGAAGUUCGACCGUGUCGACGCCAUCUUGCCGGCCAAGCCACACAUUAAUCGCGGCUUGUUCUUCUCCGCGUCUAAUUAUGCAGACAUCGAAUAUGUUCCAUCGAGCGGCGAAGAAGCUUUGAUCCACCACGGAUCAUUCCAAGAGAAGUGGCCCGCGCUGGUGAAAGCCAACUUUUAUCACGUAGACGCCGCAUUCUGGGUUCCCGGUAAAACGGACGAGGCCUACUUUUUUAGCGGUUCCCAGUACUGCCGCAUCAAAUUCUCAUACGAUGGGAAGGUCAAUAAACUGGUCGAAGGCCCAACCGGAAUCGACCGCAGUUUUCCUCGCAUGCAAUUAAGCACUGGCAGAAUUGAUACCAUUGUUCCAAGGCCGGACGAUAGCAGCAAAUUUUACGUUUUUUCCGGCAACAAGUAUCAUUCUUACUACAUCAAUCCUGACCGCCCGGAUGAGCAAGAAAUGUGGGGUCUUUUCACGGUAGCUCAUGGGUGGGGAGCUCUGGUCGAGGCUGGGUUCUACAAGGAAUGA